AUGAGGUGUUCUACGAACUACGGUCAUUUUUUUCCAAUUUUCCCCAAAAACUCACUGUUGCGAAAAAUUGAUGCUAACUUGACAGACACUACUCGUAAACGGCAGUCCGAGCACUCCCAGGAGCUCAACGUAGUUGAUGGAUUCAAGUGUGGCCGACUCGAAAUCAAUUGCCACGUCGCAGAUGCUGUCCACCGAAAAAUCAUGUCAACAUUCUACGAUGCUCCCAAAUCCUCCGUGGCAGUUUUUCAAUUUCCAGACACCGACCCACUUGAAGCUCUGAAAAUCCUGCGCUCGGCUCUCCAAACCGACAAAAAAUCGAUAAUCUGCCACUCGGCAUUUGCCACGUGGUAUAAGGAGUUCCACGUGGAAUGGAACGAGGAUUUCGUCGAAUUUUCCGAUGAAAGCUACAAAAAUGUGGAGAAAAUCGAUCGAGAAGUCGUGAUUUUUGCGGAUUUCGACGUUUUUUCAAUGAUUUUUGGCAUUUCCAAGACGCUAAACUUGAUAAAAACCUUGAAAACGAAAAAGCGAAUUUUCAUCGUAACUUCGUUGGAUUUUCCAGCUACACCGCACCUUGAGCACCUCACAAAUUCCACGUUUAAAGUGAAAAAAUCCGCAAACCCGGAGAUUUUCGAGUGUCAGACGACGGUCUUCGAUAAAAAGGGAAAUUUGACGAUUAUGGACCAAAUCAUCACAAUGCCGCCAUCUGGCACGAAGCCAACAUUCAAAACGGUGAAAAAAGUGGAAAAUUCGGCGGAAAACUCGAUUUCUGCCGGAAUUUCGGGAAUUUCUUUGGGUUCAGAGAGCGGAAAAGCAGCCAUGGAUUUGCCGUUCUUUGUGUCCCGACAAGAAGAUGGAGUAGCUCUUCGUGACGCCGCCACCAAAAAAAUCCGAGUUGGCGGCCAAAUCGUGUACGAACCCGAUCAGGAGGACGAUCUAGACGACAGUGAUCCGGAUGAUGAUUUGAAUAUUUGA